ACAUAAAGUGAGCGUUUGGAUAGUCAGUUUUCUGGCGUUUUGCUGCGUUUGCGUUUUGGAGUGCUGGGACCCACGCGCACGCGAGCUGAAGAAAACGCAAGUCUGGGUGCUGCUGAGAAACGCAAGUUUCCUCGUUACGCACCGUUUCACUUAUCCUUCUACACGCACCGUUUCAUUUAAAAGGCUCUACGCACCGUUUCAAUGCAAGAGCUGAAACAAUCAACCCAUUUUGCCUCUUGCGCGUACUGUUCAUGUCUCAAAAUGCUGAGGAAAACGGUGCACAAGCAGAAGCUGUCAAAACAGAGCAUCAACGGUACGCUGUCUGUGUAACGGCUAUCUCCAUUCUCACGGCUUCUGCUUUUUCUCUCAACUACCAUCUGUAUAAUGCUUUCAAUCCCCUUCAAUGCUCCGUCCAAUUCGCCUUCAAUGUCGUUCACCUACCCACCAACCAGCUUUGGGUCAAAACAGAGCACACAUAUUGAUUACUGCAAACCCAGUAGGCAGAACCAAAAGAGAAGAUCCCCUCUGUUCAACAAACACUCGAGCUCACCUUCUCUCCGCUUGGGUCAUCGUCGCCGCCACUCCCCAUCUUUGCAUUCACGGAAGGGAGUUGUAGGAAAAAUGGUUAAGCAGAAGAAAUCAAUGGAGGGUGGUAGUAAUGAUGAAAGAGCUGACUGGAGUGACCCUAAGGAACUAGAGGCUUUUUGUCGGUUUUGUGCUGUUCAAGUCAUGGCGGGCCAAAGGAAGCCUACUGGAUUUUUGUCCAAAAUUGGCCAAAGUGAAGUGAUUCGGCAGUUGGGUGAGAUUGAAAAAGUAGUGACUUGGCUGCAGAUUAAAAACAAAUGGGAUCAUUUGAGAAAAAGGUGGAAGAUUUAUACCAAGUGUUUGGAGAAUGAGACUGGGUUGGGUUAUGAUUCUGUAACUGGGAUGUUUGAUGCACCUGAUGAGUGGUGGACUCGAAAGAUUGCGGCAUGUCCCGAUGCAAAAACCUUGAGAACGAAUGGUUUGCCUAAUCGUGACCUUCUGAACAUCAUGUUUGGAGGCACGACUGCAACGGGAAAAAAUGCAUUCUGCACGAGUGGUCCAAUACCAACGGCAACCACCGAAGGGUCUGGGGACUCCGGUAAUAGCAUAGAAUUUGUUGACCCCCAAUGUGAACCCGUUGUGAAUGUUGACCCAAUGGAGGUUGAAGGUCCAUCAUUGUCGAGGGUAGGACUAGCAGUGAAUAAGGGGAAAGGCCUAGCAACCAGUGUCCACAUCUUCAAGCCAAUUUCCAAGAAACCAAAAAAAAGGCGUUCAACCGCGCAAGAGAUGUCGGACUCUUUGAAGAGUAUCUCAAAUGUUAUUGUUGAAAGAUCUAGUCUAAGUGCCCGUACACCAUCUGCUCCCACAGCAACGGCUCAGGUUAAAGAAAUUAUGGACAUGGUGUUGAGUCUUCCUGGGGUGUACUCGGGUCAUUACCUUCAUUUGUUCAGCACUAUCUACUUCAUGGAAAAAGAGUCGGGUAGACACAUGUUUGCAGCACUUUCCGAUAACAAGGAUAUCCAGCUAAAGUGGCUAGAAAAAGAGUACCAAAGGCACCCUGAUUAUCAUUUUUCGUGAAGGAACAAUAGAUUGUCUCGAUAGGGUUGUGUAGGCUUGGUGUAGUAAUCAAACUUUCAGUGUUGUAUCUAUUGCACUAUUAUAUUUCUUUCUUUUUUAUUCGUAGGAACUAAUGCUUGUUAUGAGUGUGUAUGUAAGACAAUGCUCAUCAUUCCUAUGUGUUUGAGCUAUAUUUAUAUAUGUUUGUCCAAUGCGUCUUUUAUCUGAAUUUUGCAUUUAAUAUUUUAGAAUUCAGCCCUUCUCUUGCUGGUAACUGGAGUUUGUGAUGGAUGGUUGACUUUGCUAGACGCAAGUUUUAUAUUAAUGGAGAAAAUGAGCCAUUUCACAGUUUUGCAUUAGAUAUCAUCCGUAUUUCAAGGCUCUGAAUUGUAAGCUCGAUAUCUUUUGGAUCAUUGUUCAAUAUCUAUAAAGCAGUCUCAAGGUAUACAAAAAGGAUGGAUUUGCUAAACGACUCAUCUGAUUCCCAGCACAAUGACGCAGACUUCGAUCUGAGUGACGACAUUGUACUCGCAGCAUAUCUAGCCGGGUGUGCAUGUCUAGCUUACGUGAAUACCUAUAUGACUAAAGUACCAUUGCAUACGAAUAUACAAACUGGCUUAGAAUGGGUACAAUAUAUUUUAACUGGACAUGAGAAGAAAUGUCGAAGAAUUUUUAGAAUGUCAAGCUAUGUGUUUAGACAAUUGUGUAAUACACUGCGCCAGUAUGGAUAUUACGGUACCAGAGGUGUUUGCGUGGAAGAGUCUCUGGCAAUGACAUUGAUGAUACUUGGUCAUGGUGAGGGUAACAGAAUGGUGCAGGAAAGAUUUCAGCACUCGGGUGAGACAGUGCAUCGACACAUGGGCACGGUAGUUACAUUAUUAGCCACCGUUAUGGCACGGGACAUUAUCCAACCUGCUGAUCGUACAUUUCGGGACGUGCCAGAACAUAUUCAACAUUCAGAUCGAUAUUGGCCACAUUUUAAGGGUUGCAUUGGUGCAAUUGAUGGGGUCCAUGUCCCCGUGGUCAUUGAUGUUAAGGACCAGCUCCCAUACUAUGGCAGGAAGGGGAUCACCACAACAAAUUGCAUGUGCGCAUGUGACUUUGACAUGAAGUUCACAUUCGCAUGUGUUGGAUGGGAAGGAUCGGCGCAUGACACGAGGAUUUUUUACAGCUGCGUCAAUAAUGAGAGUUACAACUUUCCGAACGCUCCAGCUGGGAAGUAUUAUUUGGUUGAUUCAGGAUACCCUAUGAGGAAAGGGUUCCUUGCACCAUAUAAGGGGGAGAGGUACCACAUUGGAGAAUUUCGGCCUUCUGAAGUGCUGCAUCGUCCAGAGGAGAGGUUUAAUUAUCUCCAUUCAUCACUCCGUUCAGUCAUAGAACGAACUUUUGGAGUUUGGAAGAAUAAAUGGAGAAUUUUGAGACAUAUGCCACCUUUUAAGAUGCACACUCAAAACUUGGUCAUUGUUGCUACAAUGGUUCUUCACAAUCUCGUUAGAACACAUGAGAUAAACAAUGAUGCUGAAUGUUCAGGAUCUACAGAGGCCACAUCAUUUGGUAGUGAGACAGGUCAUUACGAUGCCAUGGCAGAAACAAUCUCAAUCUUGGACGAACCUCAGAUGAAACAGGUUCGUAUGCGUAUCACAAGAUCGAUAUGUGCGGACGAUAACUGACUUUUGUGGGGAUCAUAACUGAUGGUUUUUUGAGUUCGUGGAUUUGUUUUGUUAUGAAUCAUAAGGAUCAAGUGUUAAAUCUGUAUCUUAGAAACUUUCAGGACACUUGAUAGUUUAUCCAAAUUCACACAAAAAGUGUUUUGUUGUUGGCACCUUUUUAUGUAUUUUUCACAAGUACAAAUAAGACCAAUUAUCACUUUCGUACUA